AUGCACGCGUGGACGACCGCGCUGCUUGCGCUCCUCCCGCUCAUCGCGGCCGCCCCGGCCCCCGUCGCCCCCAUUGCUCCUCGUACUGUCGACACGGCGUACAAGUACACGGGUCCCGACGUGCCCAUAGGAGAUGCGGUGGACAAGACCAUUGCCGGGGACGGGACGGGGUACAUCCGUGUCCGCAUGCCUCCUGCGGUAACCCCGGCGCUUGGGAGCACGGUGACCAACAACAUCAACGUCAUUUCGUCGGCGUACUAUGGCAGCAAGGGCAUUAAUAUUCACUUCCAGACUCCGUUCGGGAUCGGCAGCACUCCGACCAUCUACUACGGUACUGAGAAGAGCAAGCUGAAGAAGAAGGCCACGGGUCGUACACACACGUACGACCGCACCCCUCCCUGCUCAAUGCUGGACCCCACCCAGUGUUCGCAGUUCUUCCACGAGGUGCCCAUCACGGGCCUCAAGCCCGGUACCCAGUACUACUACCAGAUUCCCGGGGGGAAUGGCACGACCCCGUCCGACAUCCUGUCCUUCACCACGGCGCUGGAGAAGGGCGCCACGGACGAGUUCACCGUCGCGGUCCUCGCCGACAUGGGCUACGAGAAUGCAAAGGGCACGCACGAGCGACUCGUCGAGACUAUCCAGGACGGGGCCGCGUUCGUGUGGCACGGCGGCGACAUUUCGUACGCCGACGCAUGGACGUACGGUAUCGUUCCCUGCGUGCUCGAGGGCGAAGAUAAGUGGGAUGUAUGCUACAACGGGUCCAGCUCGACGCUCCCGCACGGCCUGAUCGACAAUGACGACUAUUACAUCCCUCUGCCCGCUGGCGAGAUCCCCAGUCAGGGAUCUCCUCACGGCGGCGACAUUGCCACCAUCUACGAGUCCAACUGGGACCUGUGGCAGCAGUGGAUGAACUCGGUGACCAAGCAUGUGCCAUACAUGGUGGCGGUGGGCAACCACGAUGUUACGUGUGCGGAGUUCGACGGGCCCAAUGACGAGAUUGCGCACCUCCUCCAGGCCAACGGCACGCUCAACUACUACUCUUGUCCGCCCAGCCAGCGCAACUUUACUGCAUACUCGCACCGCUUCGGCAUGCCUGGCGAGCCGUCGGGCGGAAACUCCAACUUCUGGUACUCGUUCGACUACGGCCAGGCGCACUUUAUCACCUUUGACGCCGAGAGCGACUUUUACAAGUCGCCCUCGUGGUCGUUCCUCGCCGAGAUGGGCAACACGACGCACCCGACCGCCGAGGACACAUACGUGACCGACGCGGGCCCCAUGGGCUUUAUCGACAACAACAACUACACCAACAACAAGGCGUACGAGCAGUACCAGUGGCUCGUCGAGGACCUCAAGAGCGUCGACCGCACCAAGACACCGUGGGUGUUCGCCAUGGCCCACCGGCCCAUGUACGCGUCGUACGUGUCGAGCUACCAGGCCAACCUGCGCAACGCCUUCCAGGACCUGUUCAUCGAGUACGGCGUCGACGCGUACAUUGCCGGCCACAUCCACCUGUAUGAGCGUCUGUGGCCGCUCACCAAGAACGGGACCGUCGACACUGCUGCUGUCCUCGGCAACAACUCGUACAAGGUCAACAACGGCCAGUCGAUCACCCACCUCAUCAGCGGGUGUGCGGGCACCGUCGAGUCGCACGACCAGUUUGCCGAGGAGGGAUCCACGCUCUUCAACAUCACCGCCGUCAUGGACGCCAUGAACUUUGGCUUUGGCAAGCUCACAGUGUACAAUGCCACCACGGCGCUGUGGGAGUUUGUCCAUGGCGCGGACGGACAGGUGGGCGACUGGGUAUACCUCAACAAGGACGCGGGUAAGAAGGGCAAGCAUUAG